CCCCCACUCUUUUUUUUUAAUUAUAUAUAUCAAUAAUGGUUGACGGUAACGCUACUGCUGGUGCUAAGCUCUUCAAGACUCGUUGUGCUCAAUGUCACACCGUUGAACAAGGUGGUCCCCAUAAGGUCGGUCCCAACUUGAACGGUAUCUUUGGUCGCAAGUCUGGUCAAGCCGCUGGUUUCUCUUACACUGCUGCUAAUGUCAACAAGGGUGUUACUUGGGAUGAUCAAACCUUGUUCGAUUACCUUGAAAACCCCAAGAAGUACAUUCCUGGUACCAAGAUGGCCUUUGCUGGUUUCAAGAAGCCCAAGGACCGUGCUGAUGUUGUUGCCUAUUUGAAGGAAUCUUGUUAGAUAGCUUGACUGAAUAUCCAGAUAGAUUAGAUAAUAUAAACAAAUAUUCUUUUUUGUACCAUUUUUUUUUUAGAAAAAAAAAACGCACUCUCUUCUCAUUAUAUCAUUCUUUAGAAUAAAAUAAAACGGUAGAUUUGUUUUAUUAUCAACCAAAAAAAAAA